CCUCGUUUCCCUUCUUUCAGCAGAAGACUCCGAGAGUGGCGUUUACAUGCGAUUCAUGAGGUCACACAAGUGCUAUGACAUCGUUCCGACCAGCUCGAAGCUCGUCGUCUUCGAUACCACAUUACAAGUUAAAAAGGCCUUCUUUGCCUUGGUAGCCAACGGCGUGCGGGCAGCGCCUCUGUGGGAGAGUAAAAAGCAGAGUUUUGUAGGAAUGCUAACAAUUACAGAUUUCAUAAAUAUACUACAUAGAUACUAUAAAUCGCCUAUGGUACAGAUUUAUGAAUUAGAAGAACAUAAGAUUGAAACGUGGAGGGAGCUUUAUUUACAAGAAACAUUUAAGCCUUUAGUGAAUAUAUCUCCAGAUGCAAGCCUCUUCGAUGCUGUAUACUCGUUGAUCAAAAAUAAAAUCCACAGACUGCCAGUCAUUGACCCGAUCAGUGGGAAUGCACUUUAUAUCCUUACCCACAAAAGAAUCCUCAAGUUCCUCCAGCUUUUUAUGUCUGAUAUGCCAAAGCCCGCCUUCAUGAAGCAGAACUUGGACGAGCUCGGAAUCGGGACGUACCACAACAUUGCCUUUAUCCACCCGGACACUCCGAUCAUCAAAGCCUUGAACAUAUUCGUGGAAAGACGAGUGUCAGCUUUGCCUGUUGUGGACGAGUCAGGAAAAGUUGUAGAUAUUUAUUCCAAAUUUGAUGUAAUUAAUCUUGCUGCUGAAAAAACCUACAAUAACCUAGAUAUCACGGUGACCCAGGCCCUGCAGCACCGCUCGCAGUACUUUGAAGGUGUUGUGAAGUGCAGUAAGCUGGAGAUCCUGGAGACCAUCGUGGAUAGAAUAGUAAGAGCUGAGGUCCAUCGGCUGGUGGUGGUCAAUGAGGCGGACAGCAUCGUGGGCAUCAUCUCCCUGUCAGACAUCCUGCAAGCCCUGGUACUCACCCCAGCAGGUGCCAAGCAAAAAGAGCCGGAAGCGGAAUGACAGCUGCCUGUAGCCCCUCGAGGAGAACUUGAAGCGUUUCUGGGUCGCGUUUUGCCUCACGAACACUGGCCGCGAUGGAGGAGAGCAAAACGGUGCAGAAUGUAUAUCAGGGUUCAGUGAUGGGUGUUUUUCUCCAGUGAUGUUGAAACUAAGAAUAAAAGAGAAAGAUUUUAUGUGCUUGACGAGUCAGGCUCGCAUUCAGAGACUGUUUUCAGACCCUCGUCUGAACGAUUUUAAAUGCUGUCUGUCAUUAAAGUGCACUGUGUCCUGCAAUCUUUAUUAUUUUUCAUUUCAAAGAAUUCGCUGGUCUGGAACAGGGGAGGUGACAUAGGUGAGUGGACAGCAGGUUCGGAUCCCAGUGCCUUCUGUCCGAGUACAGCAAUACCGCC